GCCAAGAAAUCUCUUGUGCGGCAGUAUUGGAGACAAGAAAAUUGGAGAAUAAGCAGAAAACCAUAAUCCUCAGAGUAACAAGAAGCAAGUACUUCCAAACGUGUUACUGCGCAAACCAUGCAGGAUGAUUUACUGAUGGACAAAAGCAAAACCCAGCCCCAGCCUCAGCAACAGCAGCGGCAGCAGCAGCAGCCCCAGCCCGAGCCCAGCGCAGCCGAAGCCCCGUCCACGCCCCUCUCCUCAGAGACCCCCAAGCCCGAGGACAGCAGCGCAGUGCCGGCCCUCAGCCCUGCAGCGGCGCCGCCGGCUCCCAACGGCACGGACAAGAUGCAGAUGGAAUCGCCGCUCCUGCCCGGCUUGAGUUUCCAUCAGCCCCCUCAGCAGCCGCCGCCGCCGCAGGAGCCCACGGCUCCGGGCGCGUCGCUGUCGCCGUCCUUCGGCAGCACCUGGUCCACGGGCACGACGAACGCGGUGGAGGACAGCUUCUUCCAGGGGAUCACCCCAGUCAACGGGACCAUGCUCUUCCAGAACUUCCCCCACCACGUCAACCCAGUCUUUGGAGGCACCUUCUCCCCGCAGAUUGGCCUGGCGCAGACCCAGCACCACCAGCAGCCGCCGCCCGCGCCGCAGCCAGCGCAGCCGGCGCAGCCCCCGCAGGCGCAGCCCCCGCAGCAGCGCCGCUCGCCCGCUAGCCCUAGCCAGGCGCCCUACGCGCAGAGGAGCGCGGCCGCCUACGGCCACCAGCCCAUCAUGACCAGCAAGCCGUCCUCGUCCUCGGCUGUCGCGGCUGCGGCUGCGGCCGCCGCCGCCUCAUCGGCCUCGUCCAGCUGGAACACGCACCAGAGCGUGAACGCCGCCUGGAGUGCACCGUCCAACCCGUGGGGCGGCCUGCAGGCGGGCCGGGACCCUCGCCGGGCGGUGGGUGUGGGCGUGGGUGUGGGCGUGGGGGUACCCUCCCCGCUUAACCCCAUCUCGCCACUCAAAAAGCCCUUCUCCAGCAAUGUGAUCGCGCCGCCCAAGUUCCCUCGUGCGGCCCCGCUCACCUCCAAGUCCUGGAUGGAGGAUAACGCUUUCCGGACCGAUAAUGGUAACAAUCUGUUGCCAUUUCAG